AAAAUCUGCUAACCAGCUAUCUACUGAACUUUGCAACUGAGAAAAAUGGUGUUUGGAAGAGUUGAUGGAAAUGGUUGGGCAAGAAUCAAAGAGUUUUCCCUCCUAGUCCUUACAGGGAGGUGGUUCAUGAUGUUUUCAUCAUUUAUGAUCUUGUCAGUGUCUGGAGCAAGCUACAUGUUUAGUCUCUACUCCCAAGAUAUCAAGUCUGUUCUUGGCUAUGACCAAUCCACUCUCAAUCUGUUAAGCUCCCUCAAGGACUUCGGUGACAGCGUAGGCAUUCUUUCUGGCCUUAUCUAUGAAAUCACACCCCCUUGGGUAAUCUUAACAAUUGGGGGGGUUCUCAAUUUUUUUGGCUACUUCAUGAUUUGGCUUGUAGUCACAAGAAAAAUUGCAGAACCCCAACUGUGGAACAUGUGCUUGUACAUCAUCAUAGGAGCCAAUUCUCAUUGCUCAACAAACACUGCAGCUCUGGUGACCAGUAUUAAGAAUUUCCCUGGUGUAAGAGGCAUUAUCUUAGGCAUUUUAAGUGGGUAUCUUGGUUUGAGUGCAGCAAUAAUCACUCAGUUACGCUAUGCCUUCUACGGAAAUGACACCAAAUCUCUAAUUUUGCUUUUGGCAUGGCUACCAACCGCUACAGCUUUUGUGUUCCUUCCAGUUAUCAGAAAACACAGGGGUAUUCAACACCCAAAUGACGCCAAAGCAUUCUACAGGUUCCUCUAUUUGAUAAUAGUCCUUGCAGGGUUUCUCAUGAUUGUAAUCAUAGUACAAAAAUGUUUCCCCUUCACACAGAAAGAGUAUUAUGUUACUACCAGUGUCAUGCUUCUCUUGCUCAUCCUUCCACUUGCUGUUGUUAUUGUUGAAGAACACAGGAUUUGGAAGAGCAAACAAGAAGAUCGUCAAGGGCUCUUGAAUGUAACCAUAACCACAGAAGAUCCUUAUCAAGAGAAGUAUCCACAUGCUCCCCAUGAAGAACAAACUAUACAAGAAAGAGUUUCUUGUUGGAAAAACAUACUCGAGACCCCAGAAAGAGGUGAAGACUAUACAAUACUUCAAGCCAUUUUUAGCCUUGACAUGGCGAUUCUUCUAUUGGCUGCUGUUAGUGGAGUUGGUAGCAACCUGACUGUGAUAAAUAAUUUAAGUCAGAUUGGAGCCUCAUUAGGAUAUCCUGCACAAACUAUAAUCACAUUUGUCUCCCUUGCGGCCAUUUGGAUCUGUCUAGGUAAACUAGCACAAGGGGUUGUCUCAGAAUUUAUCAUAAUCAAAUUCAAAGUCCCUAGGCCUCUCAUACUCACAUCAAUCCUUGGAUUAUCUUGUGUUAGUCACCUUUUAAUUGCAUUCGAUGUCCCAAAUGGUCUCUAUGUGGCUUCAAUUAUUACUGGGUUCUGCUUUGGGGCAACCUUCCCAUUAAUCCAAUCCAUAAUAUCUGAAAUUUUUGGCCUAAAACAUUAUUCAACAUUGUACAAUGUUGGGUCAUUAGCAAAUCCUAUUGGGUCAUACUUUCUCAGUGUGAGGGUUGCAGGGUAUCUGUAUGACAGGGAAGCCAGAAGGCAAAAGGAAGAAUUGGGGCUAAAGGAAAAGAAUGGGGAGGAAUUGAACUGUAUUGGGAGUGAGUGCUACAAAUUAGCUUUCAUUAUAAUCGCUACAGUUUGCAUGUUUGGGGCGCUUGUGUCACUCAUUUUGGUGCUUAGAACUAGGCAGUUCUACAAGAGCGACAUAUACAACAAAUUCGAAGAAGCUAGAAUUGAUGAAACUGAAGUUGCUACCUCAGAACAGGAUUAG